AUUCACUCAGGCGUCUGCGCACGGGCAUCUCCAGUCAACUCCAGUCAAUUGGCCAGUAGCGCUGCCUGGGUUUCAGGAUCCUCAUUUCCUCGGCCAUUACAAUAUCAAAGCGUCUUUGAUCAGCUCGGCUCGGGUUGUACUGCAUCACUCGGUCGACAGCUCCAGUCGACGUGAUCGGUGUCUAGGCGUGAAUGGGCCUGAAAGAUGGCCUCUUUGGACUUCGACCAGAAAUUCCUGGGUCGGGUCGCCAAACAAACAGCAGACAGCAACGCAUUACUCUCCAGUUCGCUCUACCAGAUCCUCGGUCUUUCCGUAUUACUUUCUAAACGAUUGAUCAAGGCCCGCAAGUUACGAAAGCUCGACACGUCUCGCGAUACACCUUCGCUUGCCGCCUAUCAGCAUAUCUUAUGGCUCUCGCGAGAGGGCCUUUCCAUACUGGAACUUUAUGUCUUACCAUAUGCACAAGAUAAUCAACAAGGCCCAGAGUGUCGCGUACUGAGCGUUAAGCUACGAGCAAGCUUCUAUCACAUAUUCUGCUUGUUCCAUAACCAGCCUCCUGUAACUAUCAGGAAUCUCUCAAGCAAUGACCCUCGAGGCGCAAUGCCCCCUUUCCCUUCCAACGAGCGUGAAGGCAACGGCCAGUUGCGAAGACACGAUGGUCCUCCAGGACUAUCACCUUCAUCGAAGCGUACGGGCAAACAGCCAACACUCAGAGAGCCGAUUGAUUCAAUAACGUCAGAGACUUCCUUCCUCACCAACCCUUACGCCGCUGGUGGUCCAGUCGGCACCCCAUCCCCAGGGCCUAUCCACGCGCCCCCUGGCCUGAAUCCGAUCCCGAUCCCUCAACCUUCAUCAUUCAUUCUACCGCCCCUCAACUUCAUUCCUCUUGCUACGGGUUACUUUGAAACGGCAACCAGCUACGCGCAGAACUGUCUGCCGGGGUCGCAUCCCUUGCGACUAUCCGUGGCUCUGGAGCAUAGCGCGUUUGUGUGGGAUUGUCUUCAUGAUCAUGAAGCAUCUAGACGAAUAGCUCGACGUGCGAUUAAGGAUGUAUACCGUGCUCAGGAGGAGAUGGAAGACAAUGAGUUUGAAGAUGCGGCUGAGCUUGUUGGAGUACUAGGACGUAUGAUGAAGCGUAAAAGCUUCGAAGGGACCCCACGGAUACCAAGUGCAAGCAGCCCGGCACCAGCACCAACUGGUUCUGGAAUUGCACACAAUCAACAGGGCCAUGGUGGUCCGCUCACACCAACAUCAACCCAACAACAUACAGGAAGUCCUCAAAGGACCAGGCGCGCUGCCGAUGGUCCUCCCAUUCCGAACUCGCCGGCACAAAGUCAUACAAAACAACGCAGCCGGUCGAACUCAAACGCAAGCAAACCUUCCCCCAGAACGAACCUCAAUAUUGUCGAGAGCAUGGAGCACACACCAAGGGGUGAGUCACGCCGCCAAACGGGAGGCAGCCAAGGUACUACACCACGGAUGACUGGUGGGGGUAGUCAAGAUACAACACCAAGAGCGAGGCAUACGAGCGUGGAGAGUGGUGCAUCCUCAACGCCACGGGCGCCGCAAGGCGCCGGCGGUCGAUCACCCGCGACCCCGUCUACCGUUCGAACCAUACAACACCAGCCACCUGAACAUACAACGCCUGUCUUAGCAAAUUCGGCACCAGUAUCUCCAAGCACGGCAGCUAUAUUUGCUUCCGAUGCUGUCCGAGCAUCACCCACGUUGCGAAGGUCUCCUCCACUAGGCUCAUCCCCUCGAGCGCCGCCUUCUCAGGAUACUAGAUAUGCUCGACAAGAGCCUGGGUGACAACCAAAGACGGAGACUGACAAAGCGCGGAAGAUGGACGUUCAAUGGACUGUCCCAGAUUAUGAGGCUGAAGUCUUCCUUCGCCCUUCCACUCAGUCUCCUUCUGUGACCUCAUCCAACAACCAAUAAUCACCCUC